GAUAAUCUCAGAGAUGUUAUCUGGGAGGAUGCUGUAUGUCUACUGGAAGUGACUUUCAACAACUUCAAAAAGCUCCUCUUAAAAGAAGCCUCGUAGCCUCGUUGUAGGAGUCUUUGGAGCAUUUGCAGCUAUAAAGGAGACUGAGACAAAGGCAUAUAUGCUUUGUGUUCAGCUGGUGAAAGUUCAGCUCAUCCGUGAAGACAACUCAGCUCACAAAGAAGGACUUUUACUGCUACCGGAGUCUACAUAGAGAGGGGUGAGGAUGACAUCUACAGCAAAUCGACUGGCCCGCCAGCAGGACAGGGAACAAGGCCUUGGCACCAAUGCACAGGCAGUGAAGCUCUACCAGCAAGAUUAUGAGACUUUGCGGCAGCAAUGUCUGAAGACCGGCUGCCUGUUUAAGGAUGAUCGCUUUCCAGCUGAGCCCAAAUCACUGGGCUACAAUGAGCUGGGACCAUACUCAUCAAAGACUAAGGGUAUCAUUUGGAAGAGGCCAACGGAGCUUUGUUCCAAGCCAGUGUUCAUUGAUGAUGGAGCCACAAGGAUGGACAUUUGCCAAGGAGCUCUGGGUGACUGCUGGCUCCUGGCUGCCAUAGCCUCUCUGACUCUGGACCAGCAGAUACUGGCUCGUGUGGUGCCCCCUGAACAAAGUUUUAGUGAGGGUUAUGCUGGGAUAUUUCACUUUCAGUUUUGGCAGUUUGGUGAGUGGGUGGAUGUAGUGAUUGAUGACCGUUUGCCCACCCGAGAUGGAAAGCUGCUGUUUGUUCACUCAGCAGAAGGCUCAGAGUUUUGGAGUGCACUGCUGGAGAAGGCCUACGCAAAGCUGAAUGGCUGCUAUGAGACUUUGGCAGGAGGAAACAUUAUUGAGGGUUUUGAGGAUUUCACGGGUGGAAUCGCAGAAAUAUACAACUUAACAAAGGCUCCCGCAAAUCUCUUUCAAAUUAUCAAGAAGGGCCUGAGCCUGGGUUCACUGAUGGGUUGCUCUAUUGACAUAACCAGCGCCUAUGAGUCAGAGGCAGUUACAUCUCUAAAGCUUGUAAAAGGACAUGCAUACUCAGUUACUGGUGCAGAGGAGGUUCAUUUUCGAGGGCAGCAAGUUCAGCUGGUCCGCAUCAGGAAUCCGUGGGGUCAGGUGGAGUGGACAGGGCCUUGGAGUGAUGGAUCCAGCGAAUGGAGUCACAUCAGUGAAGAUGAGAAAUCAAAGUUAAACAGUGUGGCUGAAGAUGGAGAGUUCUGGAUGUCCUACUCAGACUUCAUCAGGCAUUUCACCAGGGUGGAGAUCUGUAACUUGACCCCAGACACACUCAGUAGCGAUGAUGUGGGUUACUGGAGCUACUACCAGUUUGAAGGGAUGUGGAGGGUCGGCUCCACUGCCGGCGGCUGCCGCAAUAAUCCAGCCACGUUCUCGUCCAAUCCUCAGUUUCUGUUGCAUCUGGAGGAAGAGGAUGAUGAUCCUAUAGAUGGGAAGGCUGGAUGCACCUUUCUGGUGGGUUUGAUGCAAAAGGGUGGACGACAGCAGAUGAGCCUAAAUCGCAACCUUGAGACCAUUGGCUUUGCCAUUUAUAAGGUCCCAGACGAGUACAAAGGUUGCAGGAAUGUUCGCCUCGGCCCUGACGUCCUGCUGCGUCAGAAAGCUGUGGCCAUGAGCAGCACUUUCAUCAACACACGGGAAUUGUGUGACCGCUUCAAACUCCCACCAGGAGAAUAUGUCAUAAUUCCCUCAACCUUCUAUCCUCACAAGAAUGGCAGUUUCAUUCUCAGGGUGUUCACAGAGAAAGAGGCCGUAACCAGUCGACUGGACAAGAAAAUUGAUGCUCAGAUAAAGGAGAAGAAGCUAUCAGAAAGUGAUUUGGAUCCUCAGCUUAAGGACCUCUUCAAGGAGGUUGCUGGCAAGAAUACAGAGGUGUCCGCCUUUGAGCUGGUUAAACUUUUGAACAAAGUCAUGUCUCUCCGAUGCGACAUUAAAACUCAUGGAUUCAGCAUUGAGACAAGUCGCCUUAUGGUUAGUCUGCUGGAUAAAGAUGAAAAUGCCAAGUUGGGACUGAUGGAGUUCCAGGUGCUUUGGAACAAAAUCCAGAAGUACUUGGAGAUCUUCAAGACUCAUGACGCAGACAGGUCUGGCACCAUGAGCUCCCUUGAAAUGAGAGAUGCCACCAGUAAAGCAGGUUUCCAGGUCAACAAUGCAGUGCUGAACGCCAUCGUCAAUCGCUACGCUGAUGCUCAGUACGCCAUAGACUUUGACAGCUUUGUAAGCUGUCUCAUUAAAUUGGAAAUGCUCUUCAAAAUGUUUAAGACUCUGGAAAAAGAUGGUUCAGGCAAGAUUGAGCUGGAUAUGCAGCAGUGGCUGUGCCUGGCAAUCUACUAGCCCUGACGACAACAUAACAAGGACCCAUUUCAGAUCAGGGCACAGUGAUAAAGUUCAGUUGAUCAACAAACAGUUCCUUCAUUUCAAAAAGACAGCUGAUAUGCAUUUAAGACAGUAUAUUCCAAAUAUAAAGUGUCUUUUGGCUAUUUUAUGACUAACAUGUAUUACAUGCACCUCUUCUUUUUUCUUUUUCUGUUCAUCAGGGAAAACUGUGAUUUACUUUUAACCUGUUACAAUGU